CGCCCGGGCCGCUCCGCGCAGGCGCCGCCGCCGUCGCUUCCGGCAGCGCUGCCCUGGAUGGCGGAGCCCGGGGCUGGAGCGGCGGCGGAGCCCGGGGAGGGAUGGACGGAGGAGCCGGAGGAGCCCGGGGAGGGAUGGACGGAGGAGCCGGAGGAGCCGAGGGGCAGAUGGACGGCGGAGCGGCGGCGGCUGUGGGUGCCGGGCGGGCUCUGGCUGGCGGCCGUGCUGCCCCUACUCCUGGUCCCGCUGGCUUGCGCAGGCCAGAGCCGCCUGCCGAGCCCGGGCCGGCCGCGGGUGCGCGCCGUCAACACCAACUUCUCCCUGCGCUGGGACUACGCGGGCGGCGGGCGCGGCGUCGCCUUCUCAGCGCAGUUCCAGUGGCCGGAGCAGAAGGACACGGGCUGGCGGGAGCUGCCGGGGUGCCAGGCUGUGGCUGGCACGGGCUGUGACAUCUCCUCGGCCAUCUCCGAGUACUACGAUGCCCACUACGUGCGCGUGAGGGCCCAGGCAGGGCCCCUGGUGUCCCCGUGGUCCGAGGUGCUGGAGAUGGUGCCGGAGCACGUCGCUCAGAUUGGUCCACCAGGACUGGAAUUGCAGUCCACAAAUGGAGUCAUAAAAGUUAGGGUUUCUCCUCCAGAAGCAAAUCAGAGCAAAAAAAUGUGGAUCAAUGAUCUGAGUUUUAAAUAUAACCUGGUCUUCUGGGAAAACUCAUCUCAUGCUCAGCUCCAGAGUAAAACCAUUUUCCCUGUUGACACCAUUCAUGACCUUGCCCCAGACAGCACCUAUUGCUUCAAAGUCCAAGCAAAUCUCCCCAGGGAGGGAAAGGAAGGCUUGUUCAGCCCCAUCAGCUGUGUGAAAACCACCCAGAAAGUGAACGACCUCCUGUGUGCAACCAACCUGAGUGUCCUGGCUUUGAACAUGAAAUUCCACCUGCUUUGGGAUGCCCAGGAAAACCAGGAUGUGAGCUACAGCGUGCAGUACCUCCUUGGGUUCUGGAAGAAGCUCAAUGAUGAUUACUCAGACAAGUGGCUCAGUGUCCCCACGUGUGAGAACAUCAUCAGCACCUGGUGCAACUUCUCCUCCAUCAUCAGCCCCUCUGGAUUUUAUUACCUGCGAGUGCAGGCCAGGGAGGGACACAACAAAUCCUGCUUCUCCAGGGAAGUCAAAGUGGAUCCUCUGAAAACAAAUGGAAUUGGCCCUCCUGGUGUAAGGCUGGACCUCAGUGACACUUUGCUCCACAUCGUUAUUUCUCCUCCAGGAGGAGCUGAGGAGGAAGUCAUGAGGGACCAUUAUGAUUUGUCCUACAGGAUCCUGUACUGGAAGAAUUCCUCAGAUAUGAAGGAGGAGGUGAAGCAGAAGGAGGUGAAGCAGACCAUAGCCACAGUCCCUGAUGUGUCCCCCUCCACCCUGUACUGUGUCAAAGUCCAGGCCUUCUCUGAGCCCUACAACAAAAGCAGUGCCUACAGCCAGCAGGAAUGCAUCCACACCCCUGCAGGUACACCUUUACCUCUGAUCUAUUUUGGGAUUUUCAUGGGUGCCCUGCUGCUUGUCCUGCUGGUGGCCACUCCUCUUGUUUUUGUGUUCUACCAAGCCUACAGCAAAAUCAAAUAUGUGUUCUUCCCCACCUGCCAGCCCCCCCUGAACAUCGAGGGAUUUGGAGCACAGCCCUUCAGCAGCCCUUACCUGUCAGCUGCAGAGGAAUCUGUGGAAAAUUGCUGUGUGAUUGAAUCCAUGGUCACAGAAGAGGGAAAUCAGAUUGUUUUCACAGACUACAAACAUUCCAAACAGAGCAGUCGAGACUCAGGGAAUUAUUCCAACGACGACAACACUUCCGGGAGCAAAGGAUCCAAAGAAACCCUGGAAAAGGAAAUGAUGUAACUUUGGGAAAUCAGAAUUCCUUUAUGGGAUUGUCAACUUCACGAACACUUCAAACUUCUUUGUGAUGGAAAUCCCAGCCUGAGGGGGACAGCUGUGACCUUUGGGAUCCUCAGGUGGACACUGUGACCUUUGGGAUCCUCAGGUGGACACUGUGACCUUUGGGAUCCUCAGGUGGACACUGUGACCUUUGGGAUCCUCAGGUGGACACUGUGACCUUUGGGAUCCUCAGGUGGACACUGUGACCUUCGGGAUUGCUGGGUUUGGGUUCCCAGAGCUGCCCUGGCUGGGGGAGCUCCUCAGCCCUGGCUGGAAAUGACCCUGAUGUCCCCAUCCCACCCAGGGCUGUCCCUCUGCGCCGGGAGCAGCUUUGGGCACUUCUUACUUGAAGCUGUGAGCUGAGCAAAACCUGCCUGCUCCAGCAGAGUUCCAUGUGGAGUUACUCCAGUGUUUACACAGCUAAAGGCAAUCCAUGCUGGACACAAACCUGUGGAAUUUUCCCUUGCUCUUCCAGGCCCUGGGCAGGGCUUGGCUCACCAGGUCCAGAGCUAAAGGUGAUAGGAGAGGUUUCCUCACAGGGUUCCUCACAGGGAUUCCUCACAGGGUUCCUCAGGAGGUUCCUCACAGGAUUCCUCACAGGAUUCCUCACAGGAUUCCUCACAGGGAUUCCUCACAGGAUUCCUCAGGAGGUUCCUCACAGGGAUUCCUCACAGGGUUCCUCAGGAGGUUCCUCACAGGGAUUCCUCACAGGAUUCCUCACAGGGAUUCCUCAGGAGGUUCCUCACAGGGUUCCUCACAGGGUUCCUCACAGGGAUUCCUCAGGAGGAUUCCUCACAGGGAUUCCUCACAGGGAUUCCUCAGGAGGUUCCUCAAAGGAUUCCUCACAGGGAUUCCUCAGGAGGUUCCUCACAGGGAUUCCUCAGGAGGUUCCUCAAAGGAUUCCUCACAGGAUUCCUCAGGAGGUUCCUCACAGGGUUCCUCAGGAGGUUCCUCACAGGGAUUCCUCACAGGAUUCCUCAGGAGGUUCCUCACAGGAUUCCUCACAGGGAUUCCUCACAGGGAUUCCUCACAGGAUUCAUCACAGGGAUUCCUCAGGAGGUUCCUCACAGGGAUUCCUCACAGGGAUUCCUCACAGGGAUUCCUUAUGGGGUUCCUCACAGGAUUCCUCAGGAGGUUCCUCACAGGAUUCCUCACAGGGAUUCCUCAGGAGGUUCCUCAAAGGAUUCCUCACAGGAUUCCUCAGGAGGUUCCUCACAGGGUUCCUCAGGAGGGAUUCCUCAGGAGGUUCCUCACAGGGAUUCCACACAGGAUUCCUCAUGGAUUUGGCUGGGAAUGUUCCCAGUGCUUGUUCCAUGUCUCACUCCUGUCCCUGGCAGUGCCCCAGGCCAGGUUGGACACUGGGGCUGGAGCAGCCUGGCACAGUGGGAGGUGUCCCUGCCAUGGCAGGGUGGCACUGGGUGGGAUUUCGGGUCUCUCCAAACUCAUUCUGGAAUUAGCAGGACCCCGGUGGAAUUUAGGAAAUGCCUUUAGCAGGGAGCUGAGCUUGGCACUCAGAGCUUUCCUUCUUUUGCCAACAGACUUUUCUUUGGACAAACAAUCAGGAUGUGCUGCAGUAACAUUUCAGUAUUCGUAUUCCAUUUUUCCAUGCUGACUCCACUGUCUUCUGGAGCCUUUUUUUUUAAAGUACCUUAUUUUUUUAUGAAGAAACUGCUUUGGAGUCAGCUGAGUUUGAGCAUCCCAUGGGCUGCUGUUGUUCUAUCUAGGAACUCUUGGUGUUUAUGUAACUUUUUUUUUUUUUAGUUUCGAAGAUAUUACCUAAUUUUAUAAAUUUCCUAUCCCUGUGUUCAUUGAAGAACAUAAUAAAUUUUGCACAUUUGCUUCUUA